AUGUCAAAAAUUGACUAUUUACCUACUUUGCAAGAUGCAUAUGAACCAUUACUACCACAGCAAGUAGAAAUACUUCGUCAAAUUGUGGUCUCAGAAGGUGGAGAUGCAGCAUCUAUUCAGUCACGAUUCAACUACGCUUGGGCUUUAAUAAAAUCAAAUGAUGUGAAUAACCAACGAUUGGGUAUUAAACUAUUGACAGAUAUAUUUAAGGAAGCUUCAUCAAGGAGAAGGGAAUGUCUAUAUUAUCUCACAAUAGGCUGCUACAAAGUAAACGAGUUUACAAUGGCAAGGAGGUAUGUAAAUACGUUACGUGAAAAUGAACCAAAUAAUUCACAAAUAAUACAACUUCAAAAGAUGGUUGAGAAUAAAAUACAAAAAGAAGCAUGGAUGGGAAUAGCUGUUGCCACUGGAGUAGUGGCAGGAGCAGCUGCAAUUGCAGGGAUGUUCAUGAAAUCCAAAAGAAGAUAA